CCCCCCCCCCCCCCCCCGAUCCCCGCCGCCAUCUCUGCUGCCAGCUGGCGGCUACCACCGCCUCUGAUCCCCACCCCCAUGUCUGCUUCUACGAGCUGGUACCGAACCUGACAAUUUGAAAAAAAAAUGCAGUUCAAUCAAUUUCAGUUCCAAGAAUGUCCAGUUCAAUCAAUUUCAUUGUAGCAGCAUGUUGUGCGUAAAUUUGUGCAGAAACUCAGAACCGACUUUUAGAAAGUGCUCAGUCAAAUUCAGUUAAUAGAGAACUACUCCUAAGUUUGGAAAGUGUUCAGUCAAAUUCAGUUAACAGUGUACAGGAAAUUCACACGAUAUUUGAGCUGUUCUCACACGUUAUAUGUUGUCAAAUUCAGUUAACAGUGUACAGCCCCAAGUUUGUGCAACUGUUGGUACAAAAAUUCAGUCAAAUUCAGUUAAGUAUUGGUACAAACUCAGAACCAAAUUUGUGCAGCAAGUUUUUUCCUUACAAGAAUCAGUUUACUGUUGGUACAAAAGUGCUCAGUCAAAUUCAGUUAACUGAAUUUACCAAGUGUUAAAUGUGUUACCUGAAUUUACAAAGGAGCAAAUGAGACUUGAAGAGUACUUGCACUUAGUUUUGCAGGGCUCGUACUGUUAUGUCAAGAUGGAAUAUCAGCUAGAUGUACUGCAACUGGAAUUUGUCUGUAGUUUUUGGAAACAAUCAAACAGUAUUUUUGAAUGAAUUUCAAUUCUUAGUGGAAACUGAAUAUUGUGCUGUAGUUAACAUGAAGUAAAUUCUUCUGCUAGUCACUGAUUAAAAUUUAGUGGAAACAGAAUUGAUAAUCAGCAUACAGAUCGCAGAACAUACAGUUCAUUUUCAGUUUCAAAAUGGAAAAUACACUUCUUCAAUACUCCAAUUUUACAAACUGAAAAUUAUGACAGUACAAGCAGAUCUCAGUUUCAAAAUGGAGUAAUUUACAAGCAGGUCUAGAAAAUUGCACUUGUUUGUGUGGAGUAAUUUUGUAGAAGUUUUAUAGAGUACUCUGAAUCCCACCUGCGUGUGUCCCAAAAUGGAGUACAUGUUUCAAAAUUCCACAAGUGCACAAAAUGGAGUAAUUCACAGGAGGCUGCUGGGCGGUGAAUGCGGGGAUGGUUGCUGCUGCGUCGGGGGAGAGCUUCUGCCGAAUCCAAUAGAUGAGGUUGACGGCGAGGUGGGCAGUGGUGGCUGCUGGGCGGCGAGGCGGGGACCGGCUUCGUGGUCAACGGCGGCCAGCUGGGGAGGAGGAGGUCGACGAAGGGCAGUGCCAGCUCCGGUUCGCCACCCUCGGGGAAGGACGCCGUCGUCGGACGGGGCGCCGCUGGUGGAAGGCACCGUCCACGGAGUGGAGAAGGGGCACCCGUGCUUCCCGGUGCUCGGGUCGACGGCGUCCAUGGAGGGGCGAUCUUCAUGGUUGGCGGAAAGGAGGUGGUCGACGACGGGCACAGGCAGGAGAGCGUGGACUGCGGACGGUGGUCUCCAAAAUUGAACCUUCGCGGACGGCGGGCGAAGGGGAACGAGGUGGCGAGUGGAGGGGAGGGGAACGAGGCGGCUGUGCGGGAUGGCGGGAGCCAAGCAAGGCGGAGGUGGCGUGGGAGGAGAUUGAGGAAGGACGAGGACCGCGGGUUUGGUCAGGAAAACGACGAGGACUAAAUUGCAAAAAUGACCUCACGACAAGAAUUACGGGAGGGAGGGAGUAUAUUUUAGCAAGCUCUUUUAUUCUAAAUUAGUCAAAACUGGGCAAAUCAUCCAGUAUUAGGUUUUUAUAUAUGUGAACAAAAAAACACGAUAAAAAAAUAUCAGACAGUAGCAUUAUAGCCAUAA